UCAAUGUCUUGAAAGAGGAGAGGUUCCCUUUCCUUCUCUCUUGUUUCUGAAAGAGCACAUUGCACCCAAAAGCUACUUAUACUCAAAAAGCACUUGUCUGUUUCUCAAAUAUAUCUUUCCAUCUCAAAAGCACUUUUCCCUUAAGCAUGCUUUUAAGGAGCUCUUCAACUUCCAUACUGGACUCAUGGCUUCCACACUCCAGAGACUCAUCACCAGAGCCAGAAUUUCAAAUUUUUCAAAGAACCAAAUCAAUAAUCUCCUUUCACUCCCAAACUUCCAUCGAUGACGCAGUAAAAAGAGUGGUCACAACCCAAGAAAAACCCAUUUUGCGAAAAACCAAGAAAAGCUCAUCUAUAUGUAAGAACGAUAGUAAUAAUUCGGAUCAAGAAGCAAAAAACAUUUCAAGAGUUCAAGGACUCUUUUCAAGUUCUGGGUUAGGAGAGAGAGUGGCAGAUGAUAAUGAUAAUGAGGUUAAGUAUAAGCUGCAAACACUAGCGGUGGGAGGUGGUGAUGGUGGUGGAGGUGGUGGUGGUUGUGGUAGUGGUAAUGGAGGAAGAUCAGAUGGUGGAGAUGUUAAUGGUGGGUUUGAAUUUUAUGGGAAUGACAGUACUGAUGCUUAUUACAAGAAAAUGAUUUCUGCAGAUCCUGGCAAUGCACUUUUACUUGGAAAUUAUGCUAAGUUUCUUAAAGAGGUUAAAGGAGAUUUUGCUAAAGCAGAGGAAUACUGUGGAAGAGCAAUUUUGGCAAAUCCAAGUGAUGGAAAUAUUUUGUCAAUUUAUGCUGAUUUAAUAUGGCAAAAAGAGAGGGAUGCUCAGAGAGCUGAGAAUUACUUUGAUCAAGCUAUUAAAACUAACCCUGAGGAUUGCUAUGUUCUUGGUUCAUAUGCUAGAUUCUUAUGGGAUGCUGAAGAAGAAGAAGAAGAAGAAGAAGAAGAAGAGCAAGAAAAUGAAAAUGAAACUGUGUCUCCACCAAGUUUCUUCCAUGGUCCUUCCCAUCCUCCUCUAGCUGCAGCUUCAUAAUCUCUUUUCUGUAAGGAGAUUAGUUUUAUAAUUUUGUCUAAAAAUAACUUAGAUUUGUAACAAUGUUAUCAUCUAAAUGUCAACUCUUUUCACCUGUGGAAUAUAGUAGAGAUAACUUAACAUUUUUC